AUGCCUCUUGAUACCUCGACCACAUACCCUCUGACCCGGCUGCGCCUGGAUGGUCGCCGAUGGAACGAGCUCCGCUUGCUGCAAGCGCAAAUCUCGACCAACCCGGCCAGCUCUGGAUCGUCCUACCUCUCAAUGGGGAAUACUGCGAUCAUGUGCUCUGUUCACGGUCCUGCCGAGGGCCGCCGGGGCGAGGCUAGUGGUGCGGCUGGCAGCGCAGGUGCCAUCGUCGAGGUGGACGUCAAUGUGGCUGGUUUUGCUAGCGUGGAUCGCAGGAGGAAAGCAGGAGGAAGUGACAAGCAAUCCUCACGAAUCGCGACUACUUUGCGCGCGGCUUUCCAGUCGCAUCUACACACCUACCUCUACCCUCACAGUACAAUCAGCAUCCACGUCUCAGUCCUCUCUGCCGACGGAUCCUUGCUGGCGGCCGCGAUCAAUGCUUGCACUCUGGCCCUGGUCGAUGCAGGUAUCCCCAUGCCUGGACUACUCACUGGAUGCACGUCGGGAAUGAGUGGCAGCGCAUCUACACCUCGUGAUCCUCGAAACGACGAACUUGACCCGCUACUGGAUAUGUCACUCCCGGAAGAGCAAGAGCUGCCAUUUCUCACCGUCGGUACUACCACAUGCGUACCCGUCGGAGAGAACCACAUGGAGGAUGAGGAGGAAGAGACUAAAGUAGCCGUGCUCAACAUGGACUCUAAGCUUCAUUGUACGUAUAUCGAGACGAUGCUGGCAGUUGGGAUGGACGGAUGUAACCAGAUCCGCGAGUUGUUGGAGGGGGUGAUCAAAGGGUCGAACCGGGCAUGA